AUGGCAGAUCAUCUGAUGAUGCCCAUGAAUCACGGCUCAGCGGGCGCCAGUCUCCACGGUUACAGGAUGGGCAUGAACGGCGGCCUGCAGGCGGGUCACCAGCAGCACGUGGGCCAGCAGGGCAUGCGGGCGCUGCCCAACGGCCAGAUGAUGCACUACGGCGGCGCCCAGGCCAGCAUGGAGAGCGCCAUGAGGCAGCGGCAGGGCAUGGUGGGCGGGCCCAUGAACGGACAGCUGAACGGGGCUCAGAUGGGCCACCACCAGAUGACCUCCGGGAGCAUGAUGUACAACGGGCAGACUCAGCAGCAGCAGCAACAGCAACACCACCCUCAGCAGCAGCAACAGCAGCAUCACAUGCACCCGCCGCAGCACCCACACCAGCAGCAGCAGCAGGCCCAGCACCCCCCCCAGCAGCAGCAGCAGUUCAUGAACGGAGGGCUAACGUCGCAGCAGCUCAUGGCCAGCAUGCAGCUGCAGAAACUCAACACCCAGUACCACGGACACCCGCUGGGGCCCAUGGGCGGGAGCCACAUGGGCCCCGCCGCGCAGUACCGCAUGAACCCGGCCCAGCUGGCCAGCAUGCAGCACAUGGCCGGGCCCACGCUGUCCCUCAACGGCAUGGACGCGGACAUGAUCGACGAGGACGUCCUGACGUCGCUGGUCAUGGAGCUGGGCCUGGACCGGGUGCAGGAGCUGCCGGAACUUUUCCUGGGCCAGAACGAGUUCGACUUCAUCUCAGACUUUGUCAGCAAACAGCAGCCGAGCACCGUCAGUUGCUGA